UGCCGGUUGAACCAAUAGCUUACUAGCAAUGUAGCAAAGUACUAGAAAUGUAGUUAAAGGCUGGCCAGGCGGACGUCACCUUGGACAUAAAAUUCAUCCGACGAAGAGGUGUAUUACUCAGGAAAUAUGACGAGGAAGAUCCAGGGAGCUUGUAGGUUAUGUCUGCAGAAUCUCCUCCAAAGACAUCCUGGCUCAUCGCUGCAGAGCUCCAGAUCCUUUACUACACUCAGGGAAGGCAGACGCAGGGGACUGCUAUGGAAGACGCUUGCUGCCGUUACAGUUAGUGUGCCAGCAGCAGCAGGUGUGAAGUACGCCGUGUCAGAUCCGAGAGAGCGGAGGAAGAUGAGAAUAGUGAUUGAAGGAUUUGGUCGUUUUUGCAGGUCUCUCUCUGUGGGACUGUUCAUAUCUGUGGAUUACUGGUGGACCGCCAAUGUGACUUUGCGAGGCCUGGAUGAGAGCAGCCCAUCCUACUUGGCCGGGAUGUCGGCGUGCCACCAGAGGGCAGCGGAGGGCAUGGUGGAGGGUGCGGUAAAGAACGGCGGCAUAUACAUCAAACUAGGCCAAGGUCUGUGUUCCUUUAACCACCUCCUGCCACCCGAGUACAUCCGCACACUGCAGAUCCUGGAAGACAAAGCCUUGAACAGGAGGUACAAAGAGGUGGAUGCUCUUUUCCAAGAAGACUUCAAAAAAAGUCCACAGCAGAUUUUUAAAACUUUUGAUUACGAGCCCAUAGCUGCGGCUAGCUUGGCGCAGGUUCACAAGGCAGAACUGUUUGAUGGAACCUCAGUCGCUGUGAAGGUGCAGUACAUUGACCUCAGGGACCGCUUUGAUGGCGACAUCAGAACCUUGGAGAUCCUGCUGGAUAUCAUCAAGUUCAUGCACCCCAGCUUUGGGUUCCGAUGGGUCCUCAAGGACCUGAAGGGAACGCUGGCUCAAGAGCUGGACUUUGAGAACGAGGCCAGGAACUCUGAGAGGUGCGCCAACGAGCUGAAACACUUCAAGUUCCUCGUGGUGCCCAAAGUCUUCUGGGAGCAAACGAGUAAACGGGUGCUGACUGCAGAGUUUUGCAAAGGCUGCAAGAUCAACAAUGUGGACGAAAUUAAAAGACAAGGAUUGAGCCUGAAAGACACUGCAGACAAACUGAUCCGAGCGUUCGCUGAGCAAAUCUUCUACACGGGUUUCAUCCAUGCUGAUCCCCAUCCUGGAAAUGUCCUUGUAAGGCGAGGCCCCGACAACAAGGCAGAGUUGGUGCUGUUGGACCACGGCUUGUAUGAAUACCUCAGCCAACACGACAGGGCGGCGUUGUGUAAACUGUGGAGGUCCAUCGUUCUGCGAGAUGAGGCUGCAAUGGAGAAGUACUCCAAUGCCUUAGGGGUCAAAGAGUACUUCCUCUUCUGCGAGAUGCUGCUGCAGCGGCCCAUCAACAUGCGGGAGCUGCGCCUGUCGAACAUCCUUAGUCGGGAGGAGACGGCCUACAUGCGCCAGAUGGCCAUCAACCGCUUCAACAGCAUCAUGCAGGUGCUCAAGUCCAUGCCUCGCCCCAUGCUGCUGGUCUUUCGCAACAUCAACACCGUCCGAAGCAUCAACAUCACCCUGGGGGCGCCUGUUGACCGCUACUUCAUCAUGGCCAAGAGCGCGGUGCGAUGCUGGGGGAAGAUCCAGGCAGAGAGGACCGGCAUGCUGCAGAGAUUCUGGGUCGUACGCUGGUUGUGGACCAGAUGGGAGGGCCUCAAGUUUGAGCUGGCAUUAAGGACGGAGAUGGCAGCGAUGAGUGUGACCCGGUCACUCGUAAACCUGCUGAACUACUUUGGUCUCAUCUCUCUGAACUCGGACCUGUACGAGUACUUGAGAUAGUUCUCCUACCUCACAAUGUGGAUAUUUUCUUUCAGGCUUCGCAGUCGGACCGCCUGGCAAACAGUAUCUACUCACGCCAUGUGUUUUAAAAGCCUAGUGUAUGCUUUUAAUGAAGGAAACACUUUUAAAGCUAACUAAGUCAUUUUAAGCUGCUGAAAUUGGUUUUGCAGCAGCGUAUUUAGCCAAUAUUUUAAAUUCAAGAAUGUUUAGAAGAAUAUCUGCUUGAUUAUUAGUCAAUGAUAAUGAGGUGUGUCCUGGAUUAUGUCAGUGUGCAAUGAUGUUUGCAUUGGGGUCCAUUUCUCUAUUGAGUAAAUUCUCACUUUCAAUGCUUUAAAAACAACCAAAUGUUCUUAAGUUAUUUUAACAAUAUUAAUAAAUUAUUCUACCUCUUUUUUCCUAGGUACUGGUGCCAAUUAUUACUGCCAAUGAACAAACAAAAAUAUUGUAAACACAUUUUUGUAUUUCAUUUACUGACCUUUUUUCAACAAAAAAUCUCGAGGUUUUCCAUAAAGAUGGGCAUAGCAAAUUGGAUAUAAAACAGACAAUAAUCACAUAAAAUAUGGGAAUGUGGCUCUUAGAAAUGAGCUGUUACUCUGUCCAUUUCCAGAAGGUCAUCCAAGAUCUGUGAAGAAUCAAAAGGAAAACAAUUAGAAAUAAGAGGACAUAUCCAAUCCACUUUCUGUAGCGCCUGUCCUCAUUGGCAUCACGGGUGAGCUGGAGCCCAUCCCAGCUGACAUUGUGCAAGAGGCACGGUACAUAUAGGGCUGCUCGCCAGCCAGUUGCAGGGCACGUCUAGACCAAACAACCAUUCACAUUCACAGCUAUUACUAAACAUGUAAAACACUGGCAUGCUGGUUCCUUACAAUAUCUUGAGUGGUACCGAUCUUCUUGGCCAGCUCACUGCGCUCCAUCGUGCUGAGAUACAAGUACUUGUUGAGGAGUUCUCCAUCCAGGAUGUUUCUCACAGCAUUCUGCAGGCCUCGUCGGUCACAGUGCAGCAUCCUGGAGUACGGACAUGAAUUUGUAAGAAAUGACCUUCCAGUCUUGUGGUAAAUACCGCAUUGUGAGAUGAUGGGAACCUGAAGGCUUUGGGGUUUAGCCCGGCGUGAUGAGGCAACAUGGUGUUAAGAGCAUUCUGCAACAUGAGAAGUCGGCGAUACGUCUUCUCCUGCAUUGGGAGGAGAAGCCCUAUUCCUCCAUCCAGUGUUGCUGUGGAAACAGACAAGCAUUAGCGGAAAAUCUUUUGACUUGGGUUGUUUUUUUGGGGGGGAGGAGGGAAACUUACCAAACCACGUGAUGUGCUUGUUGUCCCAAGUGAGAGACUUCUUGCUGCUGGUGUCCAUAGCUCCUCUGCAGGGCAUGCGCCAGAAUGUGUUGACGUGCGAGCCAACAUUGAAGUCUGCGCGCCUCAGCAGGCGCAUACCUCCGAGACUCUCCUUAGCUACAAGCACAAACAACAUCAGACCUGUGUAAUCGGGUGCUGACCUUUACAGGCAACAACAUGACCCACCUUCAGGAUGGCAUUCUUAUAUUUACCCAAGAAUCCAAGCUGGUUGUUAUCCACCAUGAACUCAAUGCUGUACACUUCCAAGGGCUUGGCAUCCUGUUCCCAAAACAAAAAGAAAACAGCUCAAUGCCACCAAAGAUGACUCAGAAUGAUCUUCUACAGCCAGUGUUGCUGCCUUCAAGACUCCCAUCAACUAGGGACUUCUGAUUGGACAGUGGGAAAUCUGCUGUUUUGAAAAGGCAAAAAAACGUAGUCGAAGGUCUUCUAUAUGAAAGGAGUGCUCUGCUGUGCUCUGCUGCUGUGGCUCACCCUACUGACGAGUGACAGUGUCUUGCUCGAUUCCUGGUAGCGCAGCAGUGAGAUACUCUUCAUCAGGUCAGCGGCCAGGAUGAAAUUCUUGAUACUAAACAUCUGGUGGAUGUGGAGCUGCGUGUCGAUGAAGGCCAUGCCGGUCAGAUCGUUGUCCUUCAGGACCCACAGGAAGAUCUACAAGAAUGUGACACCAUGCGUAAGUGUAGGGGAAAGGCACAACUUUCCCACAUGUGGUUCUGUCGAGGAGAUACCUUCUGCCCGAUGGCCGACACCAAGUAUCCGCUGCAGUGACACAGUGCCGUUACAGGUCCUUUCUGCUCCUUCUCAUAAAGCACUUUGAACUUGUUCUUAGUGAGAGGCUGACCCGGCUCAGGCACAACUUCAAUCACAUCCAGGAUCAAUAUCUUAAAAAAAGAAACACAGGAAAUUGAUCACUCUCAGUGAUGCACUGCUCCUUUGAAAGAGGUUGCAUCAUCGUGUACUGCUCACUCUCCCCCUGCAGGUGACCUCCUCCCCCUGCAUGACGCAGGUGCCGGCAGCGAUGUAGCCCUUUAGGCCUGACACCGUCUCCUGACUCCUCAGGGCCACCGUCUUCAUGCAGGUCACAUGCUCCCACUCCUCCAAGUCGAUCCUGGUUCAGACACAAAAAGGUCGACAACUGAGCUGAAGCAUGUACGUAUAUGACAUAUUGUGAUCUUAAAGUUCCCCAAUGAUGCAAAAUGGAAUUUGUAGCAAUGUGUGCCGAGAGCCAAACCUGCCAAAUGUCUAUCAUCGGCCCUCAUUUAUUUGCUCCACUUUUGACAGGACACUCCAAUGGUCACUUUAAAAGGGAAAACCAACUUCCUCAUACCCCGCUAUACCUCUUAAAAUGCUGGAGCUCUGCCAACAACCCAUUAAUCAGCUCACAGCUAUGAUAGUGUUGUUAGCGUAUGUGUCCUCCUGUCCCACUCCUUAAUGUUAUGUUGACAUUGGACAAAUGCAGAGUCACAGUGCACAAAUAAAAGGAGAUAAAUUACACGCUAGCGCUUCAUGGAGACAAACACACUGAGACAGGCAUGGAUAAACAACUCAUUAGCGUUAAAAGCUACAGACACACAAAAUGUGUGUUCCCCCUUUUAAAUGUUUUACUUUCCAGCAUCAUGGCCAGCAUUUUGGCCAAGACACUUCCACUCGUUGAAAAAUGCUACACUUCUAUGGAUUUUACCGUGUGUUGGGAAUGGUCUCCCAGCUGACUGGAGAGAUGAGCUGAAUGGAAAACCUCUCCUGCUGAGGAUUAAUGUAGCGUUCAUCUGCACGGUGACAAAAUCACUUCUUGUUAAACAGCCAAAAGGAAAGACAGCAUGGGGUCCGUGUAGUAAUUUGGAAAUUAGCUGACAUUCACUGGCCACUUCAUUAAGUACACCUACGAACAUUUGGUGCGCCUAAUGUUGUGGCUAGUACAUACAAUGGGUUGGGGCAUACGUCAGUUCAUUUGUCACCUCGUUCGAUCAUUUCAAACUCCUUCUCUUCUCCUGUCAUCCUGGGGAUGCGCGUGCACAGCUCUUUCACACUGGUGCACACAGCAUACACCUAUAGUGGAAGACGCAAGAAUACUUUUAAUGUCAUGUCAGAGACAAUUGCUGACAUCUCCUGAGUGGGGGGGUGGUGCCCUGCCUUGGAUUCCACAUGGUAUGAGACAUAGUGGACGGUGCACCUCAGUGGGAUCUUUCUUACUGGCCAUGGGGCGUCAUAAGACAAGUACGUGGGGAGGACGCUAAUCCUCAACUCCCCCUGUAGGCACAUUUAAACACACGCAGUGAAGCAUGGUUUAAGUGAUUUAGAAGCACGUACGCGUCUCAUGUCUCAUGCUUACCUGUUUGUUGAAGUAGAGGAAGCCUUUCGGGCAGUUGAUGUUAUGGAAAGGGGAGAAGGACUCAAUGGUGCCAUCGAUGGUCAUGGGAUGAAGUCUCAAGGCACCGCGAGAGGUAACCAGCAUCCAAUGAGGGGAGGGUCCACAGAUGAACACCUGAGAAGUAUAUGGAAAAUUAAGAGUGCAGUAAUUACAGAGGAAAUAUUGUUGCAUUAUCUUUUUACCCCUGAGUAUCCAGAGAUGUCCUCAAAGUAUCUGAACCUUGCACUACGACUUUUGGCCGGCGCAUCGUCAAUGAGGCCUCCUUCGGCCUUCCUGUCUUUCUUCAGCUUUGACCUCUUCUCUCGGAAGUUAAUGUUGUGGGGCACCUAUGAAGGGCAGAACUUAAGGUGAGCAUCAUCUAAAAGUCAUCCCUGGUCUGAUUGCAACCAUACCUUUUUGAAGCGCACUUUGAGGUUAUUUUGAGGUUGCUGCUGAUCAUAUGGGAACGCUUCAUAGAUGAGAAGCUCUUGUUCCACGUGGACCUGAGA